AUUAAUCGAACAACUUAAAACGCUUUAAAGGCAUCUUAGAGCCUUGCUGUGAAAUCAUUCAUUCGCGAAAGAGCAGUCACAAAAGAGUACGUCGGGCAGAGACAUUUUCAAAACCUGAUCAUUUUAUAGUUGAAUUCGACAAUUGUAUCAUUCAAGGGAAUGAUCGGCCAUAAUUCAGCACACGCCGACUGAAUCCAUAAUUCCAAGCAAAUCUGUUUGAAUUAACGAAAGACAGACUUCUUUUGGUUUGCUGAUAUUCAACACAAAUGGACACCGCAACAUUGCAAUCAUUUCCAGUCAACUACGAGCAAAAUUCCCUUCUCACGAAGCGCAAUGCCUCUGAAGAACCGAAUACCCCACCCAUCACAAAAAGAAUCAAAAGCUUUCAUGAUGGGUUUAUAGAGGGGGGUGUUAAGCGUCCAGCUACAAGCUGGAGGGUUCCUUUCCCAGACAAACCUGCAGUUUUAGAAGAAAGAGCUGGUGAGAUCGAAUUCCGAGUCGUAAAUAAUGAUGGCGCCAGAGAAAGUUGGAUCAUUCUUACAGGUCUAAAAUGCCUGUUCCAAAAACAACUUCCGAAAAUGCCCAAAGAUUAUAUCGCGCGUCUCGUCUAUGAUCGCACGCAUUUAUCCAUCGCUAUCGUCAAAAAUCCCCUUGAAGUUAUCGGCGGCAUCUCAUUCCGAGAAUUUCGAGACCGCAGAUUUGCUGAGAUCGUUUUCUGCGCCGUCUCAUCAGACCAGCAGGUGAAAGGAUACGGAGCGCAUCUUAUGGCUCAUUUGAAAGACUAUGUUAAAGCUACUUCCCCAGUGAUGCAUUUUCUAACUUACGCCGAUAAUUACGCUACUGGAUAUUUCCAAAAGCAAGGCUUUACCAAAGAGAUUACUCUCGACAAAUCUAUCUGGAUGGGAUAUAUUAAAGACUACGAAGGAGGGACAAUUAUGCAAUGUUCUAUGGUUCCCCGAGUACGUUAUCUUGAAGUUGGUCGUAUGCUUCUCAAGCAGAAGGAAACUGUACUCGCCAAAAUUCGUGCCGUCAGCAGAAGCCACGUCGUCCAUCAACCACCUACGCAAUGGGCCAACGGUACAAUUACUCCAAUGGAUCCGCUCUCAUUUCCUGCCAUUCGGGCAACUAGCUGGUCUCCAGAUAUGGAUGUGUUGGCACGGGAACCACGCCGCGGACCUUAUUUCAAUCAACUUCGACGUUUUCUAUAUCAAAUUCAAAACCACAAACAGGCAUGGCCCUUCCUCAAUCCGGUCAAUAGAGACGAAGUUCCUGAUUAUUACAACGUUAUUACAUCACCAAUGGAUUUGUCAACUAUGGAAGAAAGAUUACACCAGGCUCAAUACAAUGCCCCGAAAGACCUCGUCGACGAUCUCAAACUGAUUUUUAAUAAUUGUCGGAAGUACAAUGACGAAACAACGGUAUACAACAAGUGUGCCGUCAAACUGGAAAAAUACAUGUGGACUCUCAUCAAGGAGAUUCCGGAGUGGUAUGAGUUAGUUGAAGAAUGAAUUAAUGAUACAAUCCAUUUUUGGAGUUGGGUAAGUGUCAAGAAGUAUGGUUGAGCACUUUGAGUGUAUAAUUUGGAGUUGGUAAAUCGUCAGGGAAUAUGGUUAGGAGUUUGGGUGAAGAGAGCACGGUUCAUGAUAGCCAUUAGGUAGUAGGUUGUUUGAUUGAAAAAGGAGUCUGAAGUCAAGUAAAUUUAGUGACUAA